UGUGACACACAUAGGUUGGUGUUGCGCUACAGUGCUGCAUUUGUACAGAAAUUUUCUUCUUCUAUAGCCACACAUAUUACUACCAUACUGGUACAUGGGAAACAGGUAAAGUGCCCAGAGGUCUGAAAUGGAGCUCCGUGAGAUUUUUUUUUUUUUUUUGGCUUAUUUGCAUUAUGGUAUCGGCUAAUGCAUUUUUGAAAUGCUUUGCUCUUGAUCUUAAAAAGUGCACAGCAGUUUUCACAGUAAUCAACAUCAAUUGGUUGAUAAAUUUUGUACUAAUAUUAUAAAAUAUUACAACUUGUUCAUUAGCGCCGUUGAUGAUUUUUUGCAGCUACAAAGCCCAUGUUAGAAAAGCUUAGAUACAGGCCUACUGAGUUCCUAUUUGGUCAGGAAAUUAAAAUAUAAAUAUUUUUAAUAAUAAAGUGCUACCAUUUCUUCAUCUGUCCAGCCGUUUCUGAAAGUUACAGCUGCUUUUAAAACUAGCAGUUUAUCUGAUUCUCUCCUUUUCAUCCUAUACAUGUGAAUUAUUACCUUGACAAGGAAAAAACAAAACAAAGCCCUGGUGGUGUUUUAUUUCUUCUUUCUAACUUUUAAAAGUAGCCUUAAAAAGUACCGAGGGUAUCUUGCAAAACGAUGAAAUGUUACAAAACAGCAGCUGACAUCUUUGACCUGUCUGUUCUCAAGGUGAUGCCAGAGAGGAGAACAAGAAGCUUUUUUUUAUGAAGUUUGUAGUUUAAUGAGUUCUAACUAAAUUUAUUUCUAAUCUAUUAAUCUAUAUUUGGACUAGAGACUAAUGAAAAUCCGGAGAUUACAUAAAAUCUGAUCUGAAGUCCACGCUAUAAGUAACGUAUACGUUAUCAAGUUAAUUCGGGGAUCAAUGUGGUUCAAAAUGAUAUAUGAAUUCAUUAAACUAGCUUUUGAUAUGUAGUGGGACUGCUCUGUUUUCUGC